GUCCUCCUCUCUCCCUCCAUCUCUUGUCCUCCUCUCCUCCCUCUCUCCAGCGCUCCUCCUGCUCUAUGACAUCACCAGGAAGUCCUCCUUUGACAACAUCAGGGCCUGGCUGACUGAAGUUCAUGAGUAUGCACAGAAGGAUGUGGUCAUCAUGUUGCUUGGCAACAAGACAGACAUGGCUGCAGAAAGAGUCAUCAAGCAUGAGGAAGGGGAGAAGUUAGCCAAGGAGUAUGGCGUGCCUUUCAUGGAGACGAGUGCAAAGACUGGACUCAAUGUCGAGCUGGCAUUCCAUGCCAUUGCAAAAGAGCUGAAGCACAGAGCAGCGCAGCAGCCCAGCGAACCCAAGUUUCAGAUCCACGACUACAUCCAGUCAUCUCAGAAACAGACAUCAGGCUGCUGUGGGCCUGCCUGAGACACACACACACACACACACUCACACUCGCACUCACACUCACAC